CUAUAUUUGCAUAGUCGACGAGGAUCAUGUUUAUCUCCCCUGACGUCCAUUCAAUACAGUGCUUACGCGCGUGUCGUCUUCAUCUGACAUCUGAUACAGUAGGCUGGAGAUGAACGAUGUGAUAACAUCUGAAAAGAGAAUGGAUUAUAGCUUAGAUACCACAGGCGACUUACUUUUAUAUUUGGGUCAUCAAUAGCGCAACAAGUCUGAGCUGGGGUUGAAGUAAUACCCUGAUUACGACAGGACAAGCUAAGCUAAGCUGAGCUGUGUACCAUCUAAGAAGCACGCUACUCAUCGAGUGACACAGCUGUAAGAAAAACAAAAGAGAUCUCCACCCAUUUCAACAGCGCCCUUGCUUGACAGGAUUUAUGUCUGGAUAUACUCGAACUCUGCACUGAAGCCUUUUCUAUUUAAUUCUUACUAUUUAUUUUUAUUUAUGUAGCGAAUGGGACAGGAACACGUAGAGGCAGUAAAUGUAGUCAAUACAGAAAGACAAGAAGACACCGACAGAUGAAAAUCUGAAUAAACAGCCAGGUAGAUAUACUAAGUACACAAACAGAACACACACAGACACUGGUACACAGACAGAGACAGUGACAAAAAGACAGAAAGAGAGUCAGGUACUCAGACAGACAGAGACAGACAGACACAGUCAGUCUGUCAUAAAACCUGCUAGUCAGUUAGUCACACAUUUGGAGACGGAUUGGUUCUCAGGCAUUCAAAUGCGCAGAGCGAAAUACGUCGUCUCUAGUGAGCUUGCCAUGCAAGGUGACCCUCAAGGUUACCUGGAGAUGGCGGGAGAGGCCGUGGGGGAACUCAAGAAGCCGAGCAGCAGUUAUGGAGACGACAGCGGCUCCAACAUCAACACCAUGCUGGAACUGUCAGACCUCGCCGGACUCCACACAGACUACCGCCACGCGCCUAGCGCCAUACCGGCGCACAGUGAUGACGUCAUGACUCGCGCUGAUGACGUCAGGACUCCUAGCGAUGACGUCACAGUACAGAGCCGUGACAACCAAGCUAGUACAGAUAGUGUAAAAGACCCUAAUGACGCCGGCGGUCAGACACACCCGGGCGAUUCCGAGUCUCUCGGUGAUGACCUUGACAGGACGCGGGAGGACGUCGGCAGGUCGUCCUGUGACGCACAGCCCUACAUCGAGGUGGGCGUGGCCCGGGUGGAGCGGGCCUCUGAGCCCCUCCAGGCUCGCUUGUCUCACCGAGACGCUCGACCGGACCAGCCGUCGUCCGAAGGACCCCCCCCAGUAGCUCCCCUGUCCUCCCCCCAGACCCCUGCCAGUCAUGCGGACACAGACUCUGACCCGACGCAAGGCGGCAGCUCUGACCCCUUCCUGGACUCGUUAAACGCCAGCACAGGGACAAACGGCAGCAGCUCGGACCCCUUCCUGGACUCGUUGAACGCCAGCACGGGGGCAAACGGCAGCAGCUCUGUGGGUGAGCUGACCCCCAGCACAGCCUCCCUGAAGGACAGCAGCUCGAGUGACCGCUCUGAAACCCCCACGGAGAAGUCUGUGGUGCCCUCCAGUGGGAACGCCAACGGCAUCUCGUCAGACUACCACCCAGCCACCGGGGACUCCACUGCGGUCAACACUGGUGGCGGUGGCGACGGCGAUGGCGAGGUGGUGGUGACCUGUGACCUGGACGAAGAAGCGGCCGGCGACCCUCAACCCCGGAAGAGCAUCAGCGAGAACGUGGGCUGCUGUUGCCGGGCGGUGCAGGGGGCGUUCCUCCGUUGCCAGGAGGAGACGCCCGCCAUGGUGACGGGCACUGUGCUGACCAUCCUCUUCUGCGUCACCAUCAUCAUCAUCAUCCCCGCCACUAACAGGGAGUUGCGGGUGCACGUGGGAGCGCUGGCGGUGGUGUGUGUGCUGCUGUGCGUGUGUGUGCUGCUGCUGGCCAGCCUGCCGUGGCAGUCGGUGGUGCGGCGCUGCGGGACCCUGCUGGCCCUGUUGGUGUGGGCCGGCCUCUACACCACCGCCAUGGUCUUCACCUUCACCGGGGGGCCCGUCACCGCCUGGGAACAGGUGGCGUUUUUCCUGUUCCUAUCUCUGAGUGUGUACACAGUGCUUCCUCUGCCCGUGUCCUGGGCCCUGGUCGUGGGCAUCGGCACUAGCGUGUCCCACGUCAUCAUCAUCAGUAUUUACGUCCCUGUCGUCACACCCGAGAUGCCCGACCUGGCGGUGCAGCUGGUGGCUAAUGCCGUGUUGUUUGCGUGUGUGAACGGUGUGGGGGCGUUCCACCUGUGGCUCACCAAACGGGCCGCCAGGAAGUGUAACAAGGACCGGGAGACCUUCAGCACGACCCGCUCCAAACUGGCUGUGCAGAAACACAAACAGGAGCGUCUGCUGCUGUCCAUUUUGCCCCGCUCCAUCGCCAUGGAGAUAAAGGCAGAAGUGACCAAGCGUCUGUCAGAGAACCAACCCAGAGAGGACCGAGGACAGAACUUCCACAGCCUCUACAUCCGCCAGCACAAGGAUGUCAGCAUCCUGUACGCUGACAUUGUCGGCUUCACGCGAUUGGCCAGCACCUGCACCCCUGAGGAGCUGGUGGCGGUGCUCAACAAGCUUUUCGGCCGCUUCGACGACAUCGCCAAGGAGAAUGAGUGUCUGCGUAUUAAGAUUCUGGGGGACUGUUACUACUGCGUGUCCGGCCUGCCGUACCCCAAACCCAACCACGCGCGCCACUGUGUCAAGAUGGGCUUGGACAUGUGCACCGCCAUCAAUAAACUGAGGGAGGCCACUGGCGUGGACAUCAGCAUGCGGGUGGGCGUGCACACUGGCAACGUCCUCUGUGGCGUGAUUGGUCUGCAGAAAUGGCAGUAUGACGUCUGGUCACAUGACGUGACGCUGGCCAAUCACAUGGAGUCCGGGGGGCUGCCUGGGAGGGUACACAUCACAGAGGAGACGAAGAGGCAUCUAAAAGGGGCGUACCAAGUGGAGGAGGGGAACGGGGAGACCCGAGAUUCCUACCUGCAGGGCAGGAGGACCUUCCUGGUUAUUGACCCCCACAUUGAGGACAGCACUGCCAAGAAGCCCGAGGCCUCCUACACUCUGACCGUGAGUGGCCGUAAGCAGCGGGCCUCCGUGAGGAUGUCCCAGUACCUGCAGUCCUGGCAGACCAUCAACCCCUUCACCGACCUCAGCCACCCCGACGCCACACACACCUCCAGACACGCGCUGCGUCCUACGGGUCGAAGCAGACAAACAGGCAGUCAGAGCAGCGGCUCCCCCCAGAUGUUUAGUGACGGCCGAGUCGAGUCUUUGGAUCUACUGGAUGCAGCUGAAACGAAAGCGAAAAAGAUGGAUUGUUUAACUCUGUUAUUCAAUGACCUUCAACUAGAGAGACAGUACCGCCUCAUUGAGCUGAAGGGGAUGCAUGAAUCGGUCAUCUGUCUGGCUGUUAUCUUCAUCAGCAUGUUUACGGUCCAAAUGCUGGUCUCAGAAAAGAACAUGCCCAUGGCAGUCUCUUACGGAGUCACUCUUCCAUCGCAGCUUUUGCUUUUGGUUCUUCUGCUUGUCUGCAGCGGAACCUUCAAGCGUUGGUACACUAAAAUUCCGGAUAGUAUAAGGUGGAUGUACUGCUCAGUGGGCGGGAUCUUCUGUGUGGUGUUCAGGCUCCUAUUGGUCAUCUUCUGCCUGCUCGUCACUCUGCUGAUGGCCAUGCUCAACCUGUACUUCGCUCCAGCACAGAACUGCUCCUCAUUUCCGCUCAAUGCCACAUCUCCCAAUGUGACCACCGUGGCUGAUCUGGACCUCUACACUGUACCUUACUACCUGUACUGUUGCCUGAUAGCCAUGCUGAGCGUGGUGGUGUUCGUGAGGGUGUGUUUCUCGGUGAAAUUCCUGCUGUUGUCUCUGGCCCUGGCCGUCUACCUCGCCCUGUUCCUGCACGUGUACGCCGAUCGCUCCCAAUGCUACAUCACACAGCUCUACGCCAGCUACAACCACAGACCUGGCGUCCUGAAGGAUCCACAAAUAAUGGCUGGAAUUUGGCUCAUCAUAUUCUAUUUCAUUUGCCUCACCCUGGCAAGACAAGAUGAACUGAGCUACCGUCUAGAGUUCCUGCUAGAGCGGUGCUUCAAGGCUGAGAAGAACAAGAUGGAGACCAUGGAGAACGUCAACAAGCUCUUGCUUGAGAAUGUGCUACCUGCUCACGUCGCCUCUGUCUUCAUGGACAAGAAGACCAUGAGCAACGAUUACUUGUACAGCAAGUCAUGCGAGUGUGUGUGCGUGAUGUUCGCCUCGGUGCCAGACUUCAAGGCUUUCUACACAGAGAGCAGUGUGAACCACGACGGCCUAGAGUGUUUGCGCUUCCUAAAUGAGAUCAUCGUAGACUUUGAUGAGCUGCUUUCCAAGCCGAAGUUCCACGCCGUGGAGAAGGUAAAGACGGUGGGCAGCACUUACAUGGCAGUUGCUGGACUCACCAAACCCAGCAAGGGAGAGGAGAGACAGGAGUGUAAUAUAUCCUACAGCCAUGUCCGCAGCAUGAUUGAGUUCGCCAUGGCCCUCAUGAGAAAGUUGGAGAACAUCAACUCUCAUUCCUUCCAGAACUUCAAGCUCAGAAUUGGAAUAAACCAUGGGCCUGUGAUUGCGGGGGUGAUUGGGGCACAUAAACCUCAGUAUGAUAUCUGGGGCAACACUGUGAACGUAGCCAGCAGGAUGGACAGUACUGGGGAACUGGACAAGAUACAGAUUACGGAGGAGACCAGGAAGGUGGCGGAGUCGCUAGGCUUCAGUGUCACUCUGAGGGGAGUCAUCACCGUCAAGGGAAAGGGAGAGCUGACCACUUAUUUCAUCAACCAUGAGCACUCUUAGAUGGCCACUGCAGGGAUGAGAACACUGCCAAUGGGCUGGGGUGGAUCAGGCAUAUGACUCUCAGAAGAAGAGAUCCAAAGUGGUUCAUGAUUUUCAUGGAGGGAACCAGACGUGCGCACGCACACACACACACACACACACACACACCCACACACACACACAGACAGGCAGACACACACACACUUACAGAUAGGCAGACGCACGCACGCACACACACACACACACACACACACACACACACACACACACACACACACACACACACACACACACACACACACACACAGCCUGUCAACAAACCACUUUGUUGGGAGAAAGAUGUAUACAGUAGAUCUCAAGAGCUGGUUCCCAUAUGAACCCACAUAUGGACAUAUACUACAGACCACAAUGAACACUGCCAUGGAGAAUCUGGAAAUGUCACACAUAGACCUAUGAGUUCAUGAAGAUGGUGAAUGAGAACAGC